GCAGACGGAGCCUCCACUGCUGAGCUGUUCAUAAACCGUCACGGUUUCAACUUUGGCCGACAGACUUCAUUAGCAGCCAGAGGAAGUGUCUGUCAGGGGGGAAGAGUCACAUGUGGACAUCAGCUGGACGGGAAUAAAACGAACUCCUGUCGCUGGCAAAAAUGGCUCAUCUCACGGCGCUUUUCAAGUAUGUGGACGAGAAUCAGGAUCUGUAUGUGAAGCGCCUUGCGGAGUGGGUGGGCGUCCAGAGUGUGUCUGCAUGGCCCGAGAAGCGCGGCGAGAUCAAGAAGAUGAUGCAGAUGGCAGCCAAGGACAUAGAGAGGCUGGGGGGGACGGUGGAACUGGUGGACAUCGGCACACAGAAGCUUCCCUCUGGAGAGGAGAUCCCCCUGCCUCCCAUCAUUCUGGGACGUUUGGGGUCAGACCCGGGCAAGAAGACGGUGUGUAUUUACGGCCAUCUCGAUGUCCAACCAGCCAGCAUCGACGACGGCUGGGACACAGAGCCUUUCACUCUGGUGGAAAAAGAUGGUAAGCUCUAUGGAAGAGGAUCGACUGAUGACAAGGGACCAGUGUUGGCCUGGUUUAACUGCAUUGAGGCCUAUCAGAAGAUCCAGCAGGAGCUUCCCAUCAACAUCAAAUUCUGCUUCGAGGGGAUGGAGGAAUCUGGAUCUGAGGGCCUGGACGAGCUGGUGUUUGCUCGGAAAGACACGUUUUUGAAAGACGUCGACUACGUCUGCAUCUCUGACAACUACUGGCUGGGAAAGACCAAACCCUGCAUCACCUACGGCCUGAGAGGAAUCUGCUAUUUCUUCGUUGAGGUGUCCUGCUGCGAGAAGGACCUGCACUCUGGGGUGUUUGGCGGCUCCGUUCAUGAAGCCAUGACCGACCUCAUUGCACUUAUGGGUUCCCUGGUUGACAGGAAGGGCAAGAUUCAGGUUCCUGGUAUGUACGAAGACGUGGCCCCUCUGACAGACGAGGAGAAAAAGCUGUAUGAGAAGAUUGAUUUUGACUUGGAUGAGUACUGCAAAGAUGUGGGAGUGGGGCAGCUGCUGCACGACACCAAGGAACAAAUCCUGAUGCACCGCUGGAGGUACCCAUCUCUGUCUCUUCAUGGCAUCGAGGGAGCUUUCGCUGAAGCAGGAGCCAAGACUGUCAUUCCCCGCAAGGUCAUCGGCAAGUUCUCCAUCCGCCUCGUCCCUGACAUGGACCCCAAAGUUGUGGAGAAGCAGGUUCUCGACCAUCUGCAGAAGAAGUUUGCUGAACUGGGAAGCCCCAACAAACUGAACGUGUACAUGGGCCACGGAGCCAAAGCCUGGGUCUCUGACUUCAACCACCCACACUACAUGGCUGGUCGAAAGGCCAUGAAGACAGUCUUUGGUGUUGAGCCUGACCUGACUCGUGAGGGAGGAAGCAUCCCCGUCACCCUGACCUUCCAGGAGGCCACAGGACGCAACGUCAUGCUGCUCCCUGUCGGAUCCUCUGAUGAUGGAGCUCACUCCCAGAACGAGAAGAUCAACAGAUCCAACUACAUUCAGGGAAUCAAGAUGCUGGGUGCGUACUUCCAUGAGGUUUCCCAGCUGGAAUGAACUGAUGAUGUCUGAUCAUGAAAACUGUAUAAUAUGUCCAUUCUCACUAUCAGAGCCAUAAUCUUUGUGCUACAGCUUACCUCCCACAGUUAUCAGUUUUAUACACACGACUAAUAAUAAAGUGUUUUCCUUUGUUA